UAGUAGGGAAGAAGACAUGCUAACCGGUGUUGUUGACAUUCAUUUCCUAGAUGACGCGAUUUAAGUGUUUUCUCUGCAGCAGAGGUGCAAAUGUGAUAAGUGAAACUUUCAUAUGACGUGAUAUAAACAUAGCUGGGUGUGAGGUCGAAUAAGGCGUUAUUUUCUUUACGUUGGAGUGGCGUGCCAAUCCCUGCCUGCUGCUGACCUGUAGGGAGCAGUCAUGGACGAGGGAGCGCUGCUGGCGUCCAUAGAGACGUACAACGCCCAGCUGCAGCAGGUGGAGCUGGCCCUGGGGGCGGGUCUUGACGGCGAGCAGGAGGCGGACCUUCUGCAGCUGAAGGGAGACCUGCAGCAGCUGGUGGAGCUGACCGAGUCCAGCCUGCUCAGCCUCCGCAAGAGCCAGCUACUGGCCAGCCUGGAGGGGGCGCCUACGGAGAGCCAGCAGGGACACACCGCACAGGCGCAGCUGGACGAUGAGUUUGCCUCAUUCUACUCGGAGCUCGUUGGAGAUGAAGAAGAAGAGGAGGAGGAGGAGGAGGGGGAGGACUAUCUGAGCGGGAGUAAAGUGCGGGCACCAUACUACACGUCGUGGGGAACACUGGAGUACCACAACGCCAUGGUGGUGGGGGUGGAGCCUGUGGUGAAGGGGGAGGGGUCUGAAGAGCAGGAGGAGGAGCGAGUGCGUGUGCUGUACCUGUACCCCACCCACCGCUCCAUGAAGCCCUGCCCCUACUUCCUGGAGGACAAGUGCCGCUUCCUGGACAAGUGCAAGUUCUCCCAUGGUGAGGUGGUGUGUGUGUCGGAGCUGAAGGAGUUUGUGGGUGCCGAUCUGAGUGACCUGAAGGAGGACUCGUCCUGUCUGGCACGGCAUGAAGAUGGAGUCUGGUACCCCGCCAAAAUCACAGAGUUGAAGGAUGGCGUGUACAAGGUGAAAUAUGAUUCGCUGUUGCUGAAGGAGGCGGUGCUUGAAGCUGAUGGAGUGAUUCCGCCCAUGAGGACCGAUGACCCCGUCUCCUCAGACUCCGAUGACGACGCAGACAUGGCCUUCGCUAAAGUGUUGGACAGCCCUGAUGGGGGCUGGUCGGAGGUGAACCAGGCUGAGUUUGGAGGCUGGGAGAUUCACACACGCGGCAUCGGCUCCAGACUACUCAUGAAGAUGGGAUACGAACAGGGCAAAGGCUUGGGCAAGUCCUUGGAGGGCCGUGUGGAACCUGUCCAAGCCAUGGUGAUUCCCAGAGGUGAUUUGGCCUCACUGGAGGGCUGUGGUGAACUGGCCCGCUCAUUAGCUAUGAAGCCCCGCCCACCCAAGGACAAGGACUCCGCCCCCUUGCCCAAGAAGAAGCUGAAGAGGAAGAGUGGCGGCGGUGGAGGAGAGGGGAAGCCCAACGUCUUUGACUUCCUGAACGCCAAGCUAGGCGCCGCCCAGUCCCGGCCUCAGGCCCGCCCCUCUGCAGCGCCGCGGGAUGCCUACAGGGGGGGCAAGAGCGACACGCGGGCCAUGAACGUGCAGCUGUUCAAGGCCACCGAGGGGAUCGCACAGACAGAGAAGGAGAUACAGCAGAUCAGGCACUCACUCAGCCGCAAAGCUGGCAGGGAUGCUGCAGUCAUUGGUCGUCUGGAGGAGAAGUUGGCGGCAGCUCAAAAGCGAUUGACCCAGCUGAAGGCUCAGGAACAGCAGCUCCAAUCACAGCGAAAGAGGGCAGACACGCACAAAAACAUGACGGAAUUUUGACCUCUGAUUCUUUGAACGAUGGACAGUCAAACACACACACACACACACACACACACACACACACAAAUAUACUCAUAAACAUCCCUAACUGAGGCUCUGUCAAACUCAAACAUCAUAAAUGUCUUCCCACCCAAUGAAAUAAUCUGCUUCUCAUCACACACAGGAAUGGCAGAGUCCUAAACACACAAUGUUGAUGACAUACCGUAUCUCAAGUCACCACACAUAGCAACACAAAUGUCUUUCAUAGACGUACGUAGUGCGCUCCGAGGUGUCACUUUUCGACUCAGAUGACCAGGCAGCAGUAUUGGACUUCAAGAGUAUGCAUUUGGCUCAAAACCACGGCCUCGCUGUUAGGUUUAGGGCAGGGUGUAUGUCCAGGCAACCAUGUCAAAAUGACACACAAUGGGCAUGCCUUUGGUGUCCAAAAUUGCCACCUGGUCAAAUGGCGUUGUAAAAUCAGGGCAGGGGUAUGAGACUACCCUGCAGACACAACACCGCUUCAUUCCUAGUGAACAUUCUGCUGUUCCAACAGAAGUGUUUUGCAGCUAAUCACCUCACCACACCUUACCUGACACGCCUGCCCUGCUACCACUCUUAACCAGCCAUACCUAUCCUCUACUGCCCUUGCCAGAAGUUAUUUAGCUUUCAUAUGAGCGACUUCUGAAGCCAAGUGUAUAAUUGUAUUUCGGGUUAUUAGCUGUUCUCACAACAUGGAUAGGCGACAAAACUUCUGGCAAGGCCUGUACUGUCAAACUUGACGUUAGCAUUCCCCAAGUACACACUUUGUCCUGCAGCCAAAACUUCACCUUGCCACACCUGGGCCACUUAUCCUGCUGCAUCUACAGCGUCCUGCUACUACUGGCCUUGCACUUCACUGACUGCCUCAACGUUUCUCCACUGUCAGACUAGCCACAACAUCUUUAGGGGGACUAUUCCCCAUUCAGCAUCUCGAUUGCAAAUGAGAAAAUAACAUGAAUUGCGUUUUUGCGAGAUAUGGAAAUAAACGUUGUCGUCAAUGGCGUCUUUGUAACUCCCACCAACGCAAUAAAAAAAUGUGCAGUUCAGACGUCAUAGCCUGGCCAACAUAAUAACUGAGAAAAUUAAACAAAAUGUAAGACGGAAUAACUGAGAAAAUGAAAUCAAAUGUAAGACUUUUCAACCUUCCCACUACCGUAAUACUUUCUUGCCAAUGUAAUAAGGCAACAGUUAUUACGUUGCCAGAAAAUUAUUAGGUUGGCCAGGCUAUUGCGUCUGAACUGUACAUUUUUUCAUUACGUAGACAGGGUUAUUAAGUUAUGUUGGUGGGUGUUACACGUCUUGCAACAUCAUCACGAGGCCACAAGCGCAAGAGAGGACGUGAGGGUAUUAGAAAGAACCUCUGGGCCCCCUAUCUCGCUGCCAAACAUGACUUCCCUUUCCACAGGGAGGCUGUACACCUGCGCUGUAGGAAAACUGGACCGUCCUUUACCAGAUCUGUCCUGCUGCCAAAGUGUACUGUACCCUCCCCUGGUACACACCUGGGGUGCAUCCCAAUAUGUGACCUUGCCUCCUCCACUUGUGCUUGUCUCCUCGUCCCGCCUCCUGGCCCCUCCUCCAUGGAGAAAACGAUAA